AUGGUGCAGUCUCUGCGAGAGAAGCACCCGGCUAGCGCAGGCGAGGUACCACAGUGGGUCCGCAAUUUCACCAUCGAUACCGCUCAGCUGCCUUCACUUACGACCGACAUCCUGGCCAGAGCUAUCCAUACAGCCGCUCGAGCCUCAGCAGCAGGGCCAUCGGGGUGGGUCACAGAGCAUCUGCGCGACACCUUCCUUACUGAACCUACCUGCCUUUCCCACCUGUUGGAAGUGUUCAACCAAUGGGUGGCGGGACAGGUCCCCAAGCGGGCUCGGCCGUGGCUCGCCGCAUCCAACCUAGUCGGGCUUUCCAAGCCUAACGGCGACGUCCGGCCGGUGGCGAUCGGGGAGGUGCUUCCUCGUAUACUUGCUCGUGCUCUGUGCAUCUCGCUCCGCCCUGCGAUGCAGCAGGUGAUGGAGCCGGUUACAAGGGAGUUCAAGGACCUGCUUUUCCUCAGCUAUGCAGAUGAUACCUAUAUUUUGGGGCCAGCGGCUAGGAUUCUGGAGGCCUUUGGGGUGCUGCGGGAGCGGUUGGAGUGGGUGGGGCUGGAGGUGCAGGCGCACAAGUGCCGGUUUUGGGAGCGCGAGGGCAAGGAGGUGGAGCGGGCACUGCCAUUGGGGAUGCAGCGGGUGGAUGAGGGUCUUACUGUGGUGGGCGUGUCUAUUGGAGAGGAGGUUUGGGAGGUGGUCCGGCUAUGGGAGUGGCUUCGACAGUUGCAGGCGCCACUGCCAUGGCUCCCCUUGCUCGACCACCCCCAGAUGGCUUCACACCUCCUCGCCAUUGCAGUUUCAGCGCGGCUGAUGUACCUCGCCCGGACUAUGCCGCCGCGUCCGGAGGUGGUUGAGGCUUUUAGGGAUUGGGACAGCUGUUUAGAGGAUUGCUUUGAGCAACUUUUCCUACCUAGCACUUGGGAGCAGGACCCCGACCGGUCUAGGAGCGCACGCAUGCAGCUGCAUCUCCCUGUGCGUCUCGGUGGGUUCGGGAUCCGGGCGGCGGCCUCUUUGAGCCCACUGUCCUAUGUUUGCGGGUGGGCGCAGGCCGCGCGGGACAUUGCACAGUUAGGGGUGGCAGGUGAGGAGGCGAUGUUUGCUGAGUACCUCACCACUUCGACAGGGGCAGAGUUUCUUGACCCGUGGUCUGUCAAGGCUCUCGAGCAGCUGCCAGCGACUAUCCGCCACGAGAUACCGGGCUUACCUCUGUGUGUAGCGGCCCCUCCUAUUCGGCUUUUCCAAGCGUGUCAGCGGCAGUUAGCUGUAGAGGAGCUCCAGGCACUGCGCCGCUUGGCUCGUGACGAUGCUACCUUGGCCCGUUUCACAUCCCUUCAGGGCCCGGGGGCAGGUGCAUGGGUUUCGGCGGUUCUGGCUCACUCAGAUCUCACAUUCACUGCGGCUGAGUGGGGCAUUGCUGCUGCUAUACGGCUCGGCCUCCCAAUUCAGCAGCUGCAGGUGGCGGGGAGGUGUGUGUGUGGCACAGCGUAUGUUGACCCAGCAGACCCGCACCAUGCCCUGAGAUGCAGGCACCAGCAUGGUCCUUCUCGGUUGCAUGAUGAGGUGAAGUUUGCGGUGGCGAAGAUCUCUAAGGCAUCGGGUGGGGUGGUGACAUUGGAGGAUAGUGUGGUGCUGCAAGGGAAGCAGGUUGAUGUGGCGGUGCGACGUCCAAUGGCUGGAGAGGCUCACGCCCUAGAGAUCAGCGUCGCGGACCCGCUAUCGCUGUCUCCAUCACUGCUGGGACAGUGCGAGCGUCAAAUAGGUGUGGCGGCAAGGGAAUGGGAGCGUCGCAAAACGAGUGAUUACGCGCCUCUACUUGCACGCAACCGGGGCGUGCAAUUCACCCCUUUGAUAGUUGAGACGUGGGGGUGUCUCGGCGGUCGUUUUCAGCGGUGGCUUCGUCAGCAGGGGGAUGCGCACGUAAGGCUAGCUAUAUCGCGGGGGGCUUGUCGAGAGGACGACUCUGCGUUUUCGGCUUAUCUUUUAGGGUCACUGAAGGCGCUCAUCGGGGUGGCGUUACAACGUGCGCAAGCCCGUGUCAUCCUGCUUCGAACGGCGUCUUCCAUGGGGGGGAUUAACGUAGAUUUGGCGGAUCGGGAGAGGGACGAUGUCGAUGUGAAAGGCGGGGCUCUCUGGGUGGAGGCCCCGUACAUGGUCGAUACGUUGAUGUAA